GUUUUCUUACACGUAAUUUUCUAAAGCAAGCAGGACGUAAAGUGAGAAUGACCCGAGAUCGGCUUUUUUGAUCACCCUAUAUCAGCCCAUAACUUUCUCUAUGGAUAUGAAAGUUUCUCUCACUUACGAAACUCAAAUUGGCCCCGUACAAGUUACUGUGGAGUAUAUCCUAAGUGCUUUGAGUGGUAAGAGUGGCUUACAGGAUACCUGCAUUUCAGGUCUACCGUCUAUCCUCCCAGAGCUCCACACAUGCACUGGACUUUGUUUUGCUGCCCCUGCUGGAGCCAAUUUCCGGCUUUAUGCACGUGCCAGCAUGCGAUGCAUACAAACAGACACGGGCUAAAACUUCACAUGGAGAUCGGAGUUAGUCUUCUCCAAAGCUUAAAAGAAAAAUUGUGACUGUGGUCGACUCACUUUGUGAUUAUAGUUUCUAAUUUUAUGAUCUAUAUUCGCAUAAAAUCGCUGUGGGACAUAUUCACA